AUGGGAUGCCCUUCUUUGAGGCUAUUGUUUUCCUCACCCCCUUCUUUCUUCCGGGGAGAAGCCCAUCUGAGAGUGCCUCAACCAAGGCAACUUUCCGCUGCUGCUGUACUUCCGCCUGGAAGCUCUCUCAGGCUUCUUGCUUUCCCUAUUGAUGUUCACCUACAAUUCUUUCAGAACCUUCUUUCGGAGCCCAACUACGGUUACUACGAUGGAAGUUCAAUCCCUCGGGGCGGAAUUUGCUCUGACUUCCACCUACAGCGUAUCAUGAUCACAUUGUCAAUUAGUGGCGACUCUUUCGGUGGAGAGACUAGCUGUACCUACACCCGGGUCAAUAUGAGCAAUGCAGUUCAUCCAAGGAGAAAGGGAAUUAGAAUUAUAGAGCUUGCUGUAGUAAAGGAGCAUCGAUCUUUGCUUAGGAAAAAUAAAACGUCUCAACACCUCUUCCCGCAACGGCCUAUUAUACUGACUUAUGACUAA